AUGCGUCUUGGUGAAGCCAAACUCAAGAAGGAAAGUGCUCAAAACAGGAACCUGACAAAGACCAUAGAUAGCACGACGAAGGCAGCAAACAUGAGUAGGCUAAGAGGCAUCAACGACGCCCGAGGGCUGAACCAUAUACACCUGGUCCUGCAGAGGACCUUGGAGAAAGGCCUUAAUAACAUCCAACUAAGCAAUAAACCAUUUAUGAGGGAGAGCUAUGGGUGA